CUCCGAAGCAAUUCAGAAGUGUGGGCUCGAAUAUAUAGCAGUUCGUAAAUGAGAGUUUAGCAUCUAUUCUGUUUACAGUUGUGAUGUAUUUACAAAUUGAGUGGCUCAAAACGAUAGAAAACCGUUGGGGUGUUUGUGAUGCGGUUGGUGAAGAAUAUUUUUUUUAUUUGUAUUAUUUUCAAAAUAUCCGUAUUGCCGGCCUCAACAAAGUUACCUCAAGAUGAUUUUUCAUUUGAUUCUUGUUCUCCUCCGCAAUUGGCAGUAAAUGGUUCGGAAACCGAAGCGGGAGAAACCCGUAUUAAAAAAGAAUAUUCACAUGUUAGAGAAGUCAAAUUUUCCGGAUCUAUUGGACCGUUAGGCGAACAACGAUUAUGUAAGAUCAAAUGUAUCGCCGGUCAAUGGGUCGGCCCUUUGUGUAUUGAUCAAACAGAUAAUGGGAGAUUCCAGCCCUUAUUUAGAAACUGCAAGCUCGAAUAUAUUAACCCUCAUUUGUUAGUGACGUUUAGGAAUGUGUCCAUACAUAAUCCAGGUUGGACAUUUCCGCAUGGCGCGAAAUUACACACUCGAUGUAGUGAACUGGGUUUGUAUAAGUUAUUGGGUACUCCUACGCCGCAAUGUCAAAAUGGACAAUGGUCUUCAAGACUUCCAUCUUGUGUACCAACAACAAUUUUAACAAACUUCACUGAAGAUGCUCCUCCUUCUAUCUUAAUUAGAAUUCCGUCGGGAUCGGCUUCAGCUGAACCUGGCGGAGAACUGGCUGUAUUUCCAGGAUCAACGCUGCAUUUUGAAUGCAUAUUUUCACGCAGAUUGGGUUCUCCAGAUUGGACUUGGACAUCACCACUGGGUCAAUAUCUUACAGGAUGGGCAAUUGCUCCCGAAGAACGUGAAUGGAAAUAUAGGUUAUCAAUAUAUUAUGCGAAACCACAAGAUACAGGAACGUUCACAUGCGCUACACCUCGAGGAAUCACUAAUAGUAUAAACCUUGUUGUAAUAGCCGUUCAUUGUGAACCAAUCUCAGUGUCGAGAAUGCAUCUCAGCGUUAGAGUAGAAGGAACAAGAUUAGGACAUAAAGCCACAUUCCAAUGCCCCAUAGGAUUUGUAGUUUCUGGCGAAGCUAAUUUAACAUGUCAAGCAUCAGGUAAAUGGUCUGCUCCUGUUCCGAAAUGUGAGCUUGUGAAAUGUCCAUCUCUAGAUUUGCCUGAGCAACUAGGGGAACCCCAUUUGCAAAUCGAAGAACACGACAAUAAUUAUGGAGGAAAAGCGAUAUUCAGUUGCGCGUGGGGAUAUAAAUUGAUUGGCCCACCGGGAAUCGAAUGUGAGCUUAGUGGUAAUUGGUCCGGGUCUCUACCGAAAUGCGUUCCAAUACAAUGUUCGCCACCGGUUUUACCUGCGAAUGGUCACUUGAUACAAUCCGAAGCGCCCGGUAUGGAUGGUGGUAGAUACGCAGUAGGAAGUUUGGUACAAUUUGCAUGUAUUGGAGCCCAUCUCUUAGAAGGAGAAGCCAGUAUAAUUUGUACUGAAACUGGAAACUGGUCACAUCCGCCACCAUUUUGUAGACCGAAAUGCUCUUAUGCUGGAGAACCCGAAAACGGCUUUACCUCUCCUACAAAAUUCGCAUACGACCCAGGAGAUGAAUUGCAGAUUAUUUGCAAUGAAGGAUUUGCAACGGACUCCGAUAUAAUUCUUACCUGUUUACCAGAUGGUAAAUGGUCGUCUUCUCUUCCUUCAUGCCAAAAUAUAACAUUUACAGAAGAUAUAAUGGAAUCUACUAAAGAAUGAACAAAAUGUUUUAUUGAGAGUUUUUAUAAGUUGUUUUUGCAGAAUUUGAUAUCUGUAUAUUAUUGCUGCCAGUAUUUCAUAUCAAAAAAAGAGAUGGUUUCAAAAUGUCUUCGCAUAUUUUUCGCAUAUCUAUGAUUAUUAUAUGAUGUGUCUCAUAAAUAAUGGGAUAAUCGACAAAUGCAGAUUAUCAAGCUAAGUUUUGGAUGGAUAUUUCUCUUAAUGUGACUGUUUGUAUUCCUAUUAUCUGAUUUUGCAUGAGAAAUGUACGGGAUUAAAUCAAAAGUAUUUAGCCCCCGAUGGCGCCAAAAUUUGUCAGAAAAUUUAUAUAGGGUGCUCAGAAAUUAGCGUCUUUUUCGGUGCAAUUCAAAAAUGGUGUGGCUGACUUUGCACAUAACAACUUCAUUUUUUUCCUUUCUAAAAAUAUGAGGAAUUUAUUAUUACGAUACUAUACAUUCAAGAAACUCUGUUUUCCCAUGGAGAUUUUAUCUGAAUCACCAUAAGAUAUGUAACAUAGUAGGCAUAUAUAAACCACGAGAUUAAAGUAACGCUUUCCUUCAAUUUAUACAGGAUAUUCAGAAACUCUUCUGUCAGAUAUUAACUACAAAUAUUAACCUUAUAACAAAUUAUUAUUAUUAACCGUCAAUUAUUUUCAAAAGAGCUAGCGCGCUUUAAAGAUGGUACUCUCCAGUGUAGAGUACAGGGUGAAUCGUGAGGAACUUUAUCAUAUGUUGGGCUUCUGAGGGAGGAUAUCAUAUGGCUACUAAAAAGUGUCAACUCUUCUUUUUUAUUAAUUUACACGGUGAUUUGUGAAAUUGGCCACAGUGUUUACAUAUAUCAUUUGAUUUUUUCAUGAUGGUGAAAUACACUACUAUCAAUUUAGGGAUACGUAUUGAAUAUUACACCCUGUAUAAUAUUUUUUUAUACAUAACCAUAACGACGUAUCACGUGCGUAGCCAAUGGGAGGGUUUUGGGAGUUCAACCCCUCCCCCCGAAAUAAGCAAAAUAUGACCUAAUAUUAUACCGAAAAAAUACGAGGAAUUAAGAGAGUUAAAUUAUUACAUUUGAAUAUUUAUAGUAACGCCUAGCGCCAUCUUUUGACCAGAGACAGACGCAGUUGCAGCCGAACUAGUGGACGUUGCGCACAGUAACGCCAUCCCUAGUCGAGUUUCUAUGGAAACUUUGCGCUGUUUCUCGAUUAUUCGCCACACUCCUCGGUCGGAAUGAGCGGAGCUUCGUGGAAGUUACUGGAUGGCGACUGGGCUGCUAUAUAAGCGGCGCGUAACCGCGCUUACGGUAGUAUUGUUCCAUGCGAACUCAAAGCGAAUAAAAGUGAAAAAUGGUGAACGAAUAGUGAAGACAAUUAAGUGUAACGUGUAAGUGAGUAAUUUUAGUGCAGUGUUAUUCGGUGACCGUAUUAAGGAUAGAUACGUGAAUCAUAUUACUGUCGAAAAAUGAAGGGGAAAAAGGAAGGAUGCAAACCUAAAGAUGUGGAUUACUUCAAACCAAACCCCCCAAAACUAAACUAAAACCUGAAGCUGAAACCCAUAGAUUGGAAUUUGGUAGAUGGAUUAACAAUCAUCGAUUAACGCUGUAGACGAGACUAUUUAUAGAUGAAGCCCAAUUUACAAGAGACGGGAUAAUUAAUUCACAUGUGGGGACAGAAGAAACCCCCAUGCUAUUCGAGAAUGUCGUUCCCAGUUGAGAUUUUCGGUGGAAUGGUGUCAUAUAUGACCAAUUAGUAUGUACUCACUUUUUUAUGACCGUUUAAUUUUCAGCAUGGUGGGGCAUUCACCCAUUUCUUAACUGGCAGUGAGGUAACAUCUAAAAAAUGUUUAUGACAAAAGGUGGAUAGGACUUGACCUUUCUAAUUAAUGGUCUUCAAGUUCUAUGUUUCACAAGAUUUGAUUUGAUCGUCGUUUUCGUCUUGACUCACCCUGUAAAAACAAUCAAUUUAAUGUUUACUACAAGUCAGCGUUUCUAUUGCCGUUACAAGCGGGGCAACAGAUAAUUUUACUAAAAUGUUUCAUGCAACAUAUUCCAGCAAUUUAUGUUUCCUCCAAAGCUGCGUACUGACCUGAGCAUCCAUGCUGUGCCCGUAAACUUGCUCGGGUGAGUACAAUGAUGUUAUACGUGCCUUGUCGGUUUUUCUUGAAACAUCUAAAACCUUAAUCGCUCAUUCUAUUUUAUUUAUACAACUAAACAGUUAUGCUCGUAAAAAUGGAUACGACAAACAGCGGGGUGGCAUUACAACUUAUUAUUAAUACGAAAAUCUUUCCAUAUGGUGUAAUGUUAAACGCCCACAGCAUUUCAAAAGAAACAAAAAGUUAAUGUUUGGGAUAGCAUUGCCUAUAACUCAAAAAAGGCGAAGCAGAAACUAAAUAGUUUUCUGGGAUCUUCCAGAAGACUAGAAAAAUAAAGUGCCGGCAAUAGAACGAAUAGAUUUAUUUCAAAAAUUAUGUGGACAAUUUUAUUGAGGUGUAGUUCAAAAUCAAUUAAUCACAUACGAAUAAAAUCUUGAAAAUAUCCACUGGCUUCUUGCAUUUUGGGAUUCGUCGUUAGUUGGACGCUUAACUUCGAUAAAGUAACUGAUCCACCGUCGCUUCACCUGCUUUUUGUUUGUUUAACAACAUUUAUUGCCCCCAUUUGUAUAACAUAUUGUAAUGCUUUUUUUUUUAAUUUAUUCAUACAAUUUUUAUCAGUGGGGUAAAUGUAUACACUGUCUCUUACUUACUUAAUUUAUUUAAACACUAACACUACACUUAACUAACUUAUACAUACAAUAAUUAAUUAUUCACUAAUAAAUAUAUAAUUUAUUUAAAUUCUUCGGUUAUUUUUGUACUUCGUUCCAUUCACUACGACUAUUUAUUAUAAACUAACUUCACUAAACAUAUAAAAGAAUACACAUUUCUAGAAUUUCAUAAAGUAAACAAAAAGAAACAAAUAAA